UUUCUGCAAAAUCAGCCUGAAAAUGUUCUUAAGUGUUCUUAAAUACUGCAUAGACUACCAACAGAUGAAAUCAAUCUGCAAGCACAACAUUUUAAUUAAUUAAUGGAUAACACAUAAUUUAUAUUGAUCUACUUAGUACCGUACUUAGUACUGUACCCUAGUAGGUUAUUCUAAUCUAACUGGCAGCCAAUUUUGUGUUAUAUAAGAACAAUUUUCAUCUUUCAGGCUGAAUGUGUUCUUAUGCAUAUGGUACUUUUUUGACCAAAUUUCAGCCUGAGUGUUCUUAAUCCACUUGUUCUUUUAUACGGGAUUUUACUGUACUUGUAUUGGGAAAAGCUAUAGCGGUGUCAAGGAUGAAUCUGUGACAUUAUUUAAUUAAAAAAACGUCCCUCCAAGUUGAAUAAAACCUAGAAAUUCAUUUCUAAUAGAAUUUGAGUACUUGGGUGAAAUGCGGUUGAGUUAUAUAAAACAUGAAACUCGUAAAACGUUUUCGCAGCAAAUUUCAUGUUUUGUCAUUUCCCGCAAAGCUGCCUGCCACCACUACUUGCAAUUUUCUUCAAUGUGCAGACGAUAUUUACUAUUUUCCUGCAAAGUGCUUUUAUUCUACCACAGUUUUGUUAGUCCAGCUUAAAUAAGCAACAAUAAAAACAGCAGUGGGAAAGAUUCUAGAACAACAUUGACUUUUCGCGCACGCUUUCGCAUUUCCGCGCGCAAAUCUCUCGCUUCGUCACUAAUUUAUUUAUUAUGACGUACUUCACGUAACUCAGUCUCGAAAAACUCUUCAUGGAUAGUCUAACACAGUGAAAGAGAGAUAAAGAAGAAAAUUUAAGUCGUGAAGGACAGAGAUUUUAACACCGCUCGUUUCAAUAUGGACGCCAUGGCUUAUAUGUUUUCUGUGGCUCGCGCGAACAGCUCCAACGUGCUGGAAUUUAAUCCAGAGUGUAUCAUGCAGGAAGAUUUAAUGAGCUUGAGCAGCAAGUUUCCGUUGAUUCCUGGAUCGCAGCGCUCAAUAACAUUCUGUACAACUUGUCUCUCGCAAAAGUUACGAGAGAUGCCAACCGAUGCAGAUUUCGAUCUGACAGAUCCUUACAGUCCCCCGCCACGCUACAACGUGUUACACGAUCCACAUUUAAAGGAAUACUUUCAGAAUCAAGCCAUGCGACGAAGACUUGUCGAGAAAGGUUUUAUUACGAAUAGUGGCUAUGUCAAAUGUACGCUUCUUGAAUUCAACAUGUUCCGCCAGUGGCUCAGAAAACUGAAACUGGAUCGAGUACAUCAGCAACGCCGAAGAGAGCGGCAGAUGGAAAUACAACUCUGGAAAGAAAGACAAGCCCGUGAACAGCUUCUCCGAGACGAAGAACUUUACAGCAGCGUGCGUGAGCGAGAGCAGAAAGCCAGAGACUUAAAAGAACGUGGCGCUAAACGCCGAGAGUUAGAUCGGCGAAAAUAUCUCAAACUGCAAGAGAUAGAUCGAAAAAGGCGAGAAAAAUUCGAAGAAGAAAAGAGACGAGAAAGAGAUCUAAACGAGAGCUUAAGAGAGAAGAACCUUGCUACAAAGCAAGAGGAAAAAGUCAAAGAAGAAGAAAAAGUUCGUAGGAAAUUUUAGAUACAAAAAGCUUUAGUAUUUAAGUAAACAGGCAAUUAGAAACAGUUAAAUGAGCUCAGUCACGGUAUUUUGAGUUAUUUUGGCCACGUACAGAAUUACCUUUAAAUGAAAGGAAACCUGAAAUAAUAGUUUACUAAGAUAAAAAGAAACCACCAAAUAGAUAAUAUUAAACUAUAAGGGAACAAGGAUGCUUGAGGAUGGGGAAGAUUAACUAGGAUUACAAACCGUGGACUGAAAAAUUUGAAGCUAAACUUUCAAGAUGUGCAAACCGUGACGUAGCUGACAUAGUUCUAAAGUGUUUCCUGAUAGGUUGUUUUUUCGCACGUAAGUAACAGCUAAUCAGAAACUAUAAACCCCUUCAGAGCAUUUGCAACCUCGUUCCCAGGGCUUUUCUCCUAGAGACUGGGAAAAGUUCUGGUAACGAGGCUGGAGCAAGAGACGAUGAAGAGUAAGAGAAUGGUAAUCUAUCUCAAGUUAUUUUUAGUAUGGUACCCAGUUCUCCCUCGGAUGUUGCCACGAGCGUUGCGUGGAUGUUUUCGUGGAGGAUGGAAAUGAGCAAGCGAGCAAAAUUAACUUCACAGGAUUUUCUAUUUCUGGAUCCUUCUGGAAUUUUCGAGCCAGGGUUUGACCUAAAAAUAAAUUGCGAGGGAUUACCUUGGAAAUAAGACCUUUUUGGGGAUCGACUCUCCCACUCUUCAAACUCUCUGGCUGUUAAGCUAUACGAUUAUCAAUAUGGAAUUCUUCUCUUUGUGAGGGGAAGAGGGGAGGGGAGAAAUAGCGAUGAAAGCGCAAAGGGAGAUGAUCCAGUGACGGAUUCAGACCUUGAGCUAUAGGAGGGGGGGGGGGNCUAGACCUUGAGCUAAGUGGGGAGGGGGGCGUUCUUUCUUACUUACCCAGCUGGCUUUUCUUCCUUCGGCGAUUCUUUUUACCCAAAAGAUCCCCUAGAUCCGCCACUGCGAUCACUACAAAACUAAUUGAUAAAGCCAAGGUUGACUUUUUUUUCGGAUUAUUCAAUAGUGUUGGAUUUUGCCUUCACAGUUUCAUUUGUCAAUUUUCAAACAGAGACAGGACACAAUUUCAUUCAAUGACGGAAACAACCCAACAACG